AUGCGUGGAAGGGCCAAUUCCGAGCUAGAAGUAGUACAAGAUGACUCUAGUGAGAAUGAAGAUGACGAUGAAAAAGAGAGUGGCGAAGACGACGAGGAUGACGAAGAUGAUGAUGAGGAUAGUAUGCCCUCGACUCCAGAGCUCCCUGAGGGUGACAAUAAAGAACCGUGGAGUACUUAUUUGUUAAGCUGUUAUGAAAGCUGUGGUACGUCUGUGGCUUUGUCUAGACGGUAA